AUGGGUGUUAUCGAUAAAAUUAAGGCCAUCGAAGAGGAGAUGGCUCGUACGCAGAAGAAUAAAGCUACGGAACAUCAUUUAGGUUUGCUUAAGGGUAAAUUGGCUCGUUAUAGAGCUCAAUUGCUAGCGGAUGAAGCAGGCUCCACGGGUGGUGGUGGGUCAGGUUUCGAAGUGGCUAAAUCUGGUGAUGCCAGAGUCGUGUUGAUUGGGUAUCCAUCUGUGGGUAAAUCUUCAUUAUUAGGGAAAAUUACUUCGACUAAAUCUGAAAUUGCACAUUAUGCAUUUACCACAUUGACUUCCGUUCCCGGUGUCUUGAAAUAUCAAGGUGCAGAGAUUCAAAUUGUGGAUUUACCUGGUAUUAUUUAUGGUGCCUCGCAGGGGAAAGGUCGUGGUAGACAAGUGGUGGCUACAGCAAGGACUGCUGACUUAGUGUUGAUGGUUCUCGAUGCUACCAAGAGUAAAUAUCAACGAGAAUCUUUGGAGAAGGAAUUGGAGGCUGUUGGGAUAAGAUUAAACAAGGAGAAGCCAAAUAUUUAUUAUAAGAAGAAGGAAACCGGAGGUGUAAAAGUGACAUUCACUGCCCCACCGCAGCAAAAUUUGACUGAAGAGACUAUUAAAAUGAUCUUGAAAGAUUAUCGUGUUCAUAAUGCUGAUGUCUUGGUGAGAGAUGAUCAAUGUACCAUUGAUGACUUCAUUGAUAUAAUUAAUGACCAACAUAGAAAUUAUAUCAGAUGUCUCUAUGUUUAUAAUAAGAUUGAUGCUGUGUCUCUUGAAGAAGUGGAUAAAUUAGCUAGAGAACCUAACACAGUAGUCAUGUCUUGUGAAAUGGAUUUGGGGUUGCAGGAUGUGGUGGAAGAAAUUUGGUAUCAAUUGAAUCUAAGUCGUGUUUAUACGAAGAAGCGUGGUUUGAAGCCAUCAUUUGAUGAUCCCUUAGUUGUAAGGAAUAACUCUACAGUGGGUGACCUAUGUCAUAGUAUCCAUAGAGAUUUCAAAGAGAAAUUUAAGUAUGCUCUUAUAUGGGGGUCAUCAGCUAAGCAUUCUCCUCAGAAAUGUGGGUUAAAUCAUAAGAUUGAUGAUGAAGAUGUUAUUACGUUGUUCACCAAGUAG